UCCCAUACUUUAGUGACGUCAAACAUAUCCAGGUAUGGCUCUGUUGAAGGGGCCACACGCUUCGCGCCUCUCCUGUGCCCAAUUGGCCCUUGGGCGCGGAUGCCCUUGGGAAAGUCCUUGCCCUAAGGGCAGGAUGAUUCCAAUGAUUUUGCUCCCCCAGCUGUCAUUCCUCUCUUCGCUGCCUCUCUCUCACACAACUUAGCAGAGUAUAUCGGGCUGUGCUCGGAUGAUAUCUCUGAAAGUUCUAUAGGAACGUGUUUCCAGCGCGUUGUUUGAAUAUUUGCCAGGAGAUAUGGCGCUCUUUGCGUUGGUUCUCCUCAGCAUCCUGGUGACAGUUGAUGCAGUUCUUCAAACCAGCUACCCCGUUAAUGCACAGCUUCCUCCCGUGGCCCGGGUUUCGCAGCCAUUCGAGUUCGUCUUCUCCCAAGGCACGUUCGCCGGCAGCAACGCCAAUACACAAUACUCGCUUUCCAACGCGCCAUCAUGGCUCAAACUAGACAGCCAAAGCCGUACAUUGUCUGGAACACCUCAAAAAGACGAUCAAGGAUCACCGACAUUCGAUCUCGUGGCAUCAGAUAAUGCAGGGUCAGUGAACAUGGGGGUCACUUUGAUAGUAACGACCGACGACGGACCGAAACCAGGAAAGCCAUUACUUCCACAGCUCGAAGAGAUGGGGCCCACGUCGGCUCCGGACACCAUCAUCAUACAUACCGGCGAAUCGUUCUCGUUAUCCUUCGACCCUGACACAUUCACCAACACACGCCCCUCAACCGCCUAUUACGGGACAUCUCCAGACAACGCCCCACUGCCAUCAUGGGUUGUAUUCGAUUCAGCCUCACUCAGCUUUUCAGGUUCGACGCCGAACAGUGGUCCUCAAACAUUCAGCUUCAAUAUCGUUGCUUCGGACGUGACUGGGUUCAGUGCAGCCACGAUGACCUUUGAAAUGGCAAUCAGUCCACACAUCUUGGCGUUCAAUCGGAGCACUCAGACAUUCUUCGUCUCCAGGGGACAGCAGUUCACCAGCCCGCAAUUCGCAAGCAAUUUAACCUUGGAUGGACAUGAUGUAACGAAGGAUGACUUGGUUAAUAUCCAGGUGGAUUCGCCGGAUUGGUUGUCGCUGGACAAUGAAACCAUUUCUCUGAUUGGCACCCCCCCUGCAAAUGCAACCGACAACAAUGUCACUGUUAGCGUGACAGAUGAAUUCCAAGACGUGGCGACACUUAUUAUCAGCUUACAGUUUACUCAGUUUUUCCAUGACGACACGGAUGAAGCCGAUGCCAUUAUUGGGGGUUUCUUUGUGUUUGUCUUUGACAGCUCGGUCUUGACCAAUGAUUCUGUCCAGGUAGAUGUGGAUUUAGGGCAAGACGUCCCUUGGCUUCAUUACAAUCGUGACAACAAGACUCUCUACGGACAGGUUCCCUCCGAUAUCAGCCCGGAAAGUUAUCAUAUCAACCUGACAGCCCGGGAGGGUACCGCAGAGGACACUCGCCAGUUCACCAUCAAGACAGUGGCAGGAGGGACCACAGACGGGCACAACACGACCAGCUCUACAGAACCUAGUCAACAGGAUACAAUUCGUGGAGGCCAGGCCGGGAUCAUUGCUAUCGCCGUCGUCGUUCCCUUUGUUUUUAUAAGCACCGUCCUACUUCUGUUCUGCUGCUGGCGUCACAAACGUAAGGCGGCCGCAGCAAGCCCCGAGGACGGGCAGCCACCCGAGAAAACACCACCACCACGGCCAGAGCGCUGUGAUGUCUCACUUAGUCAACCUUUCGAAGAGACCACUCAUGGCGAGCCCCCGAAGAUACUCAGAAUCCCUUCACCAUCAUCCGAACCUCCAAAGUUGGAGCUACCUUUAUGGAAUGAAAGCCCUCUAAACGAUAGUGAACAGGUUCCCGAAGCAGCUGACAAGGAAAAUACCUUCUCAGAUUCCACAUUUGACUGGGGGUUCGCUCCCCUGAAAGAGUCUGCGCCAGAAGAGAACAAACCAGUAGAAGAUACGCCCGCACAGCCGAAGCGCUUAUCGUUCCAGAACAGUCCUCCCUUACACAGACGAACCACCACUAAUUCCCGGAGACGAGAGCCACUUCGGCAGAUCCAGCCCAGGAGAUCCCUAAAGCGGAAUUCGACGGCGUCUCGAUCACGGAGGUAUUCCAAGCGGUCGAGCGGCAUUUCGACGGUUGCUUCCGGGCUCCCAAUCCGGCUCAGUGGUGCUGGCCAUGGAGCCGGUGGAUUUGGGCCUCCGGGGCACGGGGUGGUCCGUCUCUCCUGGCAAAAUACGCAGGCUUCGUUCCAGAGCGACGAGAGCGACGUGGGAAACCUCGCGCCGCUGUUUCCUCGACCGCCACCUCGGACUAGGGAGAGCGGGGACUUUUCAAGGCGACUGAGCCUUCGCACAGUAGAGCCUGACGCUCUGACAAUCUCGGAGACCGACUCGUUGGAGGCAUUUGUCCACAGCCGCGCGAAGAGCCGGAACUCUUCGAACCCGCUGUUCGCCGGUCAAUUCGGUCGCCGUGCAUCGGCAGGCCGGGCUCUAGAACGCGCCCGCAGCAUAGUGAGUCGGACAGAGACGUUGGCCAGUUCCAAUUAUGUCGACGAAUCUCGGCUCUCGACCCAGGAGCGUCCGUGGUCAACAGCCAUGUCUGCAUCCAUAUACACGGACGACAAUCGCCAGUCGGCUUAUCUGCAUAGCCUGUCAGAAGAAUCCGCCGACAUGCUCCCUCCCCGCCCUGUGAGCAAAUUGCCCAGUCAAUCGAGUUUGGCUCAAAAUUACUCAGACGCGAUCGCACCUCUUCCUCGGUUCUACAGUGAAAUGAGUUUGGAUGGCAAGAAACCGAUGGAAGGACUUGUUUUUGGUAAGGAAAAUGAUCCGCCCACUGAGCGGCAGAUCGGGGAGAGCAGUCGACCUUGGUAUCAGACCGGGUUCUACACGCAGGGCGACAUGGCUGGUGCCGGACAAUCCCUACGGCGAAGCCCCUCUCUUUACUCCCUUCCUCACGACCCCAACUCACGCCGGGUGAGCUCGAACCGAGCGGGAGAGCGCGGCUGGGAUGAGCAACCGGGCAGCCAAAGAGAGCCGAUGGCAAGCUUGAGAAACGAAAUGGGUUUCUUGUAAGUUUGUUUGUUUGUUUUUUUUGGGGGGGAGGGGGAACGAGAUAAUGCUUGGUCUUUCUGUUCAUAUUUGAUUGGGGUUCCUUCGAAAAGUGUUCGGCGAGCGUGAUAUCCAUGGACUCUGACGGGUUCCUCUGAAUUGCUUUCUUUAUUUAUCCAUGGGCCGUUGGACGGUUCCGUGUCUAGUGUCUAGUGUCUAGUGUCUAGUGUCGUGUCCAGUUAAUACCUCCAUUCUAUUGGGCCGAUGUUAUCGGUCUUGCUUACGGCGCUGUCGGUCAAUGCACAACAAUGCA